AUGGAAAGAAAAUCCUUAUUUUUUAAAUAGAAAAAGCAUUCUAGUCCAAAUGAACUUAUAAUGUAUCUAAAUUAAUGCUCUGUUAAUCCUAAAUUUAUUCAAAAAAAAGAAAAAGAUGAUCUAAUGGAACAAAAUAGAUUGUUCUUUAACAAAAUUGGAAAAAAAAAGUGUAUAUCAAUUGUUCGAAAUAAAAGUGGAGUGAUUAAUCGUUCACAAUUAUAAAAAGAAUUCUUAAGAUUUUUGAUUACUAAUGAUGGACCAUAAAGUGUGUUUUAUUAGUUAGAAAAAAAAAAAUUUGAAAUAAAAUUAUAGGAUAUGGAAGAAUUUGGAUAGCCUGAUAAACCUCAUAUUUGUUUAUCCAAAAUGCUUGGAUAGUAUUAAGAAUUAGUUAAUCCCUUUUGA